ACCAUCUCACAAAAAAUGGACGUCUCCCAGCUGACAGAUGCCGAACUACGCGAUAGCCUUAAAAGCCACGGGGUUUCUGUUGGGCCAAUUGUGGCGACGACCCGCAAGCUCUACGAGAAGAAGCUUAUCAAGUUAUCAGACGGAAGCAUUAACAAUCAAUCAAAUCUCAACGACUCUCAAUUCAACGAGGAUUCAUUGAUCAUCAGCUCGUCACCGAAGAAAUCACCGCCACAACGAGUUUUCCAGAACGUGUCAGCUGCAACAGCGGCAGCUACUACCUCUCCCGAAUCGGACAGCGACGAUUGCGAGGAGUCGAUGCGAUACUUGACGGAAGAGGAAAUGGCCGCCGAUCGGGCAUCGGCUCGUCAAGCUCAGAGCAACAAAGGAGGAUUCUUGGGAAGCACGAUCACAUUCACAAUUCUCUUCGUCUUCAUCGCCGUCUUCGCCUACUUCUUGAUCGAGAACGCCGAGCAGUUGAAGCUCGUGGCCGAGACGAAUCCGGAGGAUACUAUUUAAAUUAUUUUUUAAAUUUCUAUUUUUUUCUUUGACUGUUGAAAUCGCUAUUUUUACCCCUCUCCCUCCCCCAUCACUCUUUUUCUUUAAAUCCUUUCACCCCAUUUUCAUCACUUCAUUUGGAUAAACGCUAUGAAUCUCUCU